AUAUAGUGUUACAACAUGUAAAGUAAUUUGGUCAUCUUUUAUAUUAAUCCAAAGUAGAAUAUGAUGAAGAGGGGAAAUUAAAGUAAGGAAGGAAAGAUCAUAAAAUCCACAUCCAUUAACGUUAAAAUUAAAAUGAAGAGGUCCUCGAUGAUGUGUUUGUUUGUUCUUCUUCUUGUGUACUGCUCAUCAGUACACGGCGCACCUACUGCUCUAUGGGUAUUUGGUGACUCCCUGGUUGAUAAUGGGAAUAACAAUUUCAUCAAUUCUAUAGCGAAAUCAAACUACUUCCCUUAUGGCAUUGAUUUCAACAAUAGACUACCUACUGGCAGAUUUUCCAAUGGCAAAACUUUUGUCGAUAUUCUUGGAGAAUUGUUGGGAAUGUCUUCUCCUCCGCCGUUUGCAGAUCCGAGCACAAGAGGAGGUAGAAUCCUCGGGGGAGUAAACUAUGCAUCUGCUGCUGCUGGCAUCCUCGACGAAACUGGCCAACACUAUAUGGAUAGGUUCCCGUUAAGCCAGCAAGUGAUAAAUUUUGAAAGCACAUUAAGUGAGUUAAGGACGAUGAUGAGUCCCGGUGAUUUAAACACACACCUGUCAAAAUCAAUAGCAGUGAUGGUGUUUGGAAGCAAUGACUACAUAAACAACUAUCUCAUGCCUUCCAUUUAUACUUCCAGUAUCAACUAUAAUCCCCAACAGUUUGCCAACCUCCUUCUCAAUCACUAUGCAAGGCAACUUGUGGCGUUGUAUAGUGUAGGGCUGAGGAAGUUCCUGCUAGCAGGAAUAGGGCCGCUUGGAUGCAUUCCGAAUCAGUUAGCCACGGGACAAGCCCCACCAGGAAGAUGUGUUGAUUAUGUAAACCAGAUACUCGGUAGUUUCAAUGAGGGUCUCAGAUCGCUCGUCACCUUAAUGAACAACGGCAGUCACCCUGGAGCCGUUUUUGCUUAUGGCAACACCUAUGCUGUUAUUGGUGAUAUCUUAAACAACCCUGCAAGAUAUGGAUUUAACGUGUGGGACAGAGCAUGCUGUGGAGUGGGGAGAAACCAGGGACAAAUAACAUGCCUACCCUAUCAAUUUCCAUGCCUAGACAGGAGUAAGUAUAUAUUCUGGGAUGCAUUUCAUCCAACGCAAGCCGUGGAUGCCAUCUUGGCACAGAGGGCAUACUCUGGCCCCCCUUCCGAUUGCUACCCCAUCAACGUUCAGCAAAUGGCUGCUAUCAACUUUUGAGCCCAACUUUACAUAUUACAACUUAAUUAUCUUCUUGUACUCCUCUUUGCAUGUGUGUUAAUGUUAUCCCUAAUAAUGUAAACCAGCAGUUAGCGUAAAUGAUGGUUCUGUUUGCCCUAAAAAAGGUUCAGUUGAA